GUCCGAAUCUCACUGGAAGUUUGAGCGUCUCGAGCGCUCCACGGAAUUAACGGCAGCAGCACCAGCGCGUUAAGCUGCGCGGGGCCGCGAGCGGAUUGUCCACCAUCUCACCGGGAACAUGAACAUGGCACUGAACAGGUCACCCUCUGCCACGGAAAAUUGGAACGGGGCUCCCGAGCGCAUGCGUGUUUCCACUGUGAAGAGUGAGUCCUCUUCAAUGCAGAGCAAGAAACUCCGCUGUCUUGCCCGUGAUAUCUCUGAACUGGGCCAGCAAGGCACUGCCAGCAGUGGGCACGAUGCCAAUGACAUUGCUGAGGACACGGAGGAGCCAGGCCCUGGUCCAGGAGGAGGACUGUGUUUUGCAGACGGCCGCAGAAGAGUGGACUACGUUCUUGUUUAUCACUGCAAGAGACGUCAGUCCCAACACCGCCACUCUGUUGUCUCUAACGGUAACGUGCCGUCUCAAACCCCCACCCCAUCACGCAGGAGUACAAAGGGUGAUAUUUCGGAGGCGGUGCUGGAGGCGGGGCUUGGGAUGGAACCCGCCAACGAACUACAAGAUAAAAUCAGGGAGGAAUUUGAAAGAAGACUUCAGGAGGAAGGCUUGGAGAUUGAACAUGACAAAGAGAUGAGGACGGUCCGGUUUACCCGUCUCCAUGUUCCCUGGUCCGUUCUCAGUCGUGAGGCAGAGCUUCUUAAGAUCAGAGUGCCGACUAAAAAGAGAUGUCAAGAGAUGUGUGACGAGCAUCUUAAUUUCACCAUGUGUCCUCUAUGUGAUCGUGUGUGUGAUUACUGGCAGCUGAGCAGUAUCUGCAGUACGGCGCGUGCCAGCUAUCUGUUUGAUAACCAUGCCACCGUGGGCUUCGCCAUCUUUAUGUCCCUCUGGGCGGCAGUGUUUCUAGAGCACUGGAAAAGGAGGCAGCGAUGUUUACAGCACAGCUGGGAUCUGACAGGCAUGGAAGACGAUGAGGAAAGGGCUGAGAAUGAGCUACGACCAGCAUAUGAGGACUUUCUCCUUAAGAAACAAGAGAAGAAGGCAAAGAAGAAGAAGAAGGAAGAGCCGGACGCAGGAACGGAUGACAAAGGAAGAGAGAAGCUACUGUCUGCUAAAGGAGGACAGUCACCGCUUGCCUCCGAGUCUUUGUCAUGGACAGACAGGCUGCCAGGGUACUGCAUCAACAUAUCCUCUAUCCUCCUUAUGGUUGGGGUCACGUUCUCUGCCGUGUCUGGAGUGAUUCUCUACCGCAUCAUUGUGUUUGCCGUUAUGUCAAUGAACCCUGAUCACGAGGCCAAGGCUAAUGUGCGUGUAACCGUGACAACCACCGCUGUCAUCAUCAACUUGCUGGUGGUUCUGGUGCUGGAUGAGAUCUACGGCGCUAUAGCGGCCUGGAUUACAGAGCUUGAGAUUCCAAAGACUGAAUCGACAUAUGAGGAGCAUGUGAUCUUGAAAGCUUUUUUGCUGAAGAGCAUGAAUUCAUUUGCACCUGUCUUCUAUGUGGCCUUCUUUAAGGGCAGGUUUGCCGGUCAUCCGGGUGACUAUGUUUAUGUCUUUAAGGAUUUCCGCAUGGAAGAGUGCUCUCCAGGUGGCUGUCUUAUUGAAGUGUGUAUUCAGCUGGGAAUCAUUAUGCUGGGAAAACAGCUCAUUCAGAAUAAUGUGUUUGAAAUUGCCAUUCCAAAGCUGAAGAAGAUGUAUCGCACGUAUAAGGAGGAGAAAGCUGGAUCGGCAGAUGAGGAGGACAAAGAUUCCAAACGAGAACCACAGCGCUGGGAUUUGGACUACGACCUGGAGCCAUAUGAGGGAUUGAGCCCAGAGUACAUGGAGAUGGUUAUUCAGUAUGGAUUUGUCACACUCUUUGUGGCUUCCUUCCCGCUGGCACCAGUUUUUGCUCUGCUUAAUAACGUCAUUGAAAUCCGACUAGAUGCGGCAAAAUUCGUCACUGAAAUACGCCGGCCUGAUGCAGUCAGUGCUAAAGAGAUUGGCAUAUGGUACAACAUCUUGAGUGGAAUCAGCAAGUUUGCUGUCAUUACAAAUGCAUUUGUGAUCUCCUUUACAUCGGAGUUCAUUCCUCGGAUGGUGUAUCAGUAUUUGUACAGUGAGACAGGCAACAUGCAUGGUUAUACAAACCAUACACUGGCUUAUUUCAACACGAGCAACUUUAAACCUGGAACUGCCCCACAUGAUACGGACUUUGACAGACAACUCCGUAUUUGCAGGUACAAAGACUAUCGAGAUCCACCCUGGUCUCCCGAGUCUUACCAACUUUCUAAGCAGUACUGGUCUGUGCUCGCUGCACGCCUGGCUUUUGUCAUUUUUUUCCAGAACUUGGCCAUGUUCCUCAGUAUGCUGGUGGCAUGGUUGAUCCCAGACAUGCCUCGUUCUCUGAAAGAGCAGCUAAAGAGAGAGAAAGCACUCCUGAUGGAUCUUCUGCUCACAGAGGAGGCGGACAAGCAGUGCACCCAGUCACACCCAAUGACAACUACCAAUAAUGAUGUAGUCAUCAAGGGUCUAGAGGAAGGAUCACCAGAAGAGCUGCCUGUCUGCAGUGGAGUAAUGCUAAGCCAGUCAGAUGAAGAGCUGACCAACAGAGAGGAGGAAGAGCUUGAGGAACAAUUAGCAGAGGAACCGAUUGCAUCCACCAGUGAUCUGCCUGAUAGACCUCGACCUUUGACCUGUGAAAGUCUCAAUACAACUUCAGAGUCCCUGUCUAAGAUAGCCUGUCAUGAUGGAUCAUUCACCACACCUCUAGCAUGUUCAAACCAGUCCAUUCAUUCAAUCAAAUCCAGCUCUCUAUCACGACACCGAGAGUUUGACUCGAAUGGACCUCCACCUCGAGACCCAAGUUCCAGGGCUAAGAGCCGUUGCCAAACACUUCCGCCAAGGCACAGAGGACCUGAAGCUGAAGCACAUGCAAACAGACCCAGCCACUCGACGACAUUCACACAUCUCGACCAGAAAGUUCCUCCAUCCUCUUGCGAGCUCACCCAUAUGGUUCCUAGAGGACCAUCUAAAACCAAGCCCUCUGAAAGCCAAACGUCUGUCUCAGAUUCACUGGAUUCAGAGCUCACGAGCAGUCAUUCCAUAUCACUUCCUCGCCCACCAUCCAGACCGGAGCUUGCUAGCAGCCUUUCAACAGUCUUGCCACAUCCUCCUUCGAAACCAGAACUUAUGGCCAGCCAGUCAGCAGGACUACCACGCCCUCCCUCCAAACCAGAGCUGAUGGGAAGCGAAACAAAAGGGCUUCCACCUCGUGAUCCAGGCUCGAAAGUUAAGGGCCGAUGCCAGACUCUUCCUCCAAAGUAUAGAGGCUCAGAGACUUCUGGGGAGAUGAAGACCAGACCUAGUCACUCCACCACCUUCACACACCUCAGUCAACAGAUCCCCCCCUCACCCAGUGAUCUCAAACGUAACACUCCCGUAUGAGUGUGAUAAGAUGAAGUGGAGCAACACUCCACCUUUUCAGCACCUUGCAUCCGAUCACCAUUCUCAGUGCCAGGCAACCCAUGCCAUCAACAACUCAUCAAUUUCUCAUUAAUGACUGAACAAGCAUCUUCAGUAACUCUGGAUGUAGAUCAAUUGUUGGUGGCUUGGUGGAGGUUAACUUGGUUGGUUAACUAGGGGGACUUCUUUGCACAGAAUCACCCUUUUUAUUGGAGGAACGAGUGCAGACAAGUUCGACUUGUGCAUUCUAGGGUACUUUUAUGGAGCCAUCUGACGUGGAUCGAUGACUCCUAAACAUUGUUUUAUACUGUGACUUGCCAUUCUCUCUUUCACAUAUAAACUCCUGUACAGACAUACGCAGAUAUACACACAUCAAAUCUC